AUGUCCACUCCUCGACGAUCAUCUAGACCCUCUACACCUUCAUCUUCAAAUCCUGCACCGACGCCCAUACGUACCAAUAUACACCAUCACAAAACGGCAGAUGAGCUGGCCGCCGAAGAGGCAGCAUCCAUCUUACAUACGCCCACUACUCGCCUCAGAUCCGCGGGAAGUACGACGUCGGUUGGAAUACCCAUCGAGCUUGAAACGGGCAGUGCGAGGGCUCUGAGGCACAGAAGAUUGAAUGAAGUGAGAGAAGCUACGAGCGAAACGAGAGAAAGGGAAGAUUCUAAAUCUAUCGCAUCGGUUUCGAGCAGAAGUCAAGAUGAUGAUGGGGAUGAUGAAGUAUCGAAAUCAUUAGAUGUUUCUAUACAAGGGGAUGAUGACCUUCAGUCGACCUCAGAAAAUGGUCACGAUGAUGAUGAUGAUGAUGUCAACUCCUCGCCUUCUACUGCUCUCACCACUGGUCAAAUUUUCGCUCAGCCUCAGAUAUCAAUUCCUUCCGACGACGAGGAAGAAGACGAUUCCGAUUCCGAAUCUGAUGAUUCAGAGACUGACUCGGCUGAUGAUGGAUCAAGCACUGCAUCUGCGUCUUCGUCGCAUACAUCGGAUUCAGAUGAUGAGGAUGACUCAGACGAAGAGCGUAUGGACCGACUGUUAGAAGCUGCCAAAGCUGCUGCUAUAGCCAAGCAGAGUAAAGGAAAGGGGAAAGCUAUAGCAGAUGAAGAUGGGGAAGAGGUACUUGACUUUGACGAAGAUCAGAAAGAGGAGAAGAAGGAUGCGCCUAUUCCCGAUUUAUCUGUCCCCCAAUUGCCUAGACCACAUUUGUCUUUCACGCAAGAUGGGAAAGCUCAAGCAGCAACCAAAAUACCAGAACUGGGACGAGCUGGUCCGUCAAAGAAACCUAUCUCAGAAGGAAAGAAACGAGAGGUUGCCAUACCUGAGUUAGAUGAUAGACCAUAUGAAAGAGAAUUGAGUAAACGUGAAAAAGCAGCUCAACCUCGUAAAGCUACUACAUCCGAACUUUGGGCUAGUAUACCUUCACCUCGAUCAGAUCUUUUACCUCAGAUGAAGAGGGAUUAUCAAGCUCUCGCUCUUGCCAAUAGCUUGGAUCCCAAGAGAUUUAUGAAAGGUGGUAGUAAAUCUGAUAAAAUACCUGAAUCGUUUGCUAUCGGUACGAUGAUCGACGUUCCUCGUCAUGUGCAAGAUACUACCUUGACGAAGGAAAGGAAAUAUAGAGCGGGUCAGGUAGUCCAAAAUCUGAUACGAGAUGAUAGUACAGGAGAGUACGCCAAGAGGAAGUACGGGGAUCUACAGUGGAAUAGGAUGGAGAAUGGUAGAGGUAAAGGCUGGAAGAAGAGGGUCAAGUGGUAG